AUGGCAACAUGGAAAGAGCAAUAUCUGGCAGCCUUGCAAGACCGAGACCGUGUAGAGAAGGCCAACCUUGCGCUUUACGAGUACUGUACCAAGCUGGCAGAUGAGAGGGCCGAGUUGUAUAAGAAGGCUCGACUUGCAGAGAAAGCGUCGCCUUCAGAAAACACGCCUGUGCCGGAGCCUCCUGUCACCUCUCCAGGAUGGGGCAUCAGGAGAGUCACCUCGCCAUCUAUCCAGGGAGGAACUCGCCCAGACUCUCCUUCGGCAACAGCCACAGCCAGCAUCCUUGCCCAGUUGAGGCAAGACCUCUCCAAAGCCCAGACUGAGCGUGCCGACUUACAGUCCCGCCUGGACACGGCACUCCGCGAGCUCGAGACGCUGAAAGGAAAAGCCAAAGCGGACAGCAAGCGCAUAGCACAACUAAAUGCCUCCGUCUCGCAGUUGACUGUCAAGCUGAGAGACCGCGACGAGGAGCUACGUGGCAAGGCUAAGCUGAUAGAGGAUGUCCAGGACGAGAACGUCACGCUGAAUCUGGAGCUCCACAUGGCGGAGGAGAAGGCGCAGAAGUUUCAAAAGGACAACCAGGAGCUCGUCGAUCGGUUGAUGGCCAUCAAGGGAAAGGAGGCUGAUAAGAUGAAUGAAGAGGGCAAGUUCGGAUGA